AUGAUGGAGCUGCUAACUGGAGAGGUUCCUGUAAGGUGUCAGGAUGUGGCGGUCUAUUUCUCCAUGGAGGAGUGGGAGUAUAUAGAAGGACACAAGGAUUUGUACAAGGAGGCCAUGAUGGAGGCUCCCUGGCCUCUGACAUCACCAGAUGGGCUCGUAGAAAGAAAUCCCCCUGAGAGAUGUCCCCAUCCUCUGUAUUCCCAGGACUGUCCAGAGGAGACGCUCCCAGAGAACCAUCAGGAUGAAAAUCUGAUGGAUAUUAAGGCUGAGUUUAAAAAUGAAGAAGAAGAUGAGAUGGAUUUAUGGGGCGUUCAGCAGUAUGGACUCAUAGAAGGAAAUCCCCCCGAGAGAUGUCCCCGUCCUCUGUAUUCCCAGGACUGCUGGACACUCGGCUUAGCAUCAGGUUUUGGAGGCACGCCGGCUGCGAUGAACGGCUGCAGUGAUGGCCAGGAAAAUCCCAGUAAGAACUCGGAGGGAAACUUCAUCUUAUCACUAAAUUAUAAAGGAGAAGAUGAAGAUAUCGGGCAUGGCUCUUCAGGAGAAAACCUCAUUACUUAUAAUGUCCAUCCAGGACUUCACAGACCAGAUCUGUCAUAUAAUGCUCCUAAUCAUAAAGAACCUUCCCCUGACCAAUCACAGAUUGUUAUCACAAGUACCGGGCCCAAAGAGGUUACAAGUUUUCAGUGUGAGGAAUGUGGAAAAAAGUUCAAAAACAUCUCAGCUCUAAAUGGACACAAAAGAAUUCACGCAGUAGAGACGUCAUAUUCAUGUUCAGAAUGCAGAAAAUGUUUUACAAAAAAGUCAAUACUUGUUAGACAUCAGAGAAUUCACACGGAGAAAAUAUUUCCAUGUUCAGAAUGCGGAGAAUGUUUUCCAAAAAAGUCAAUACUUGCUAAACAUCAGACAGUUCACACAGGAGAGAAGUCGUAUUCAUGUUCAGAAUCACCGUACCGGUAUAUUAAAUCUUAA